GCCCAACCCGGCCCAUCCUUUGCCAAAGCUGCAGGAGCCGCGCCACAGCCAGCACCGAGCAGCCAUGCACGCCAACGCAGCCAGCGUCCGGAUCCUCAUUAAGGGCGGGAAGGUGGUGAAUGACGACUGCACGCAGGAAGCCGACGUGUACAUCGAGAACGGCAUCAUCCAGCAGGUGGGGAGGGAGCUGAUGAUCCCUGGUGGGGCAAAGGUGAUCGACGCCACGGGCAAACUCGUGAUCCCCGGGGGCAUAGACACCAGCACCCACUUCCACGAGACCUUCAUGAAUGCCACCUGCAUGGACGACUUCUACAAUGGGACCAAGGCGGCCCUCAUGGGUGGCACCACCAUGGUCAUCGGACACGUCUUACCCGACAGGGACAUCUCUCUGCUGGACGCUUACGAGAAGUGCCGCAGCCUGGCGGACCCCAAGGUUUGCUGCGACUACGCCCUGCACAUGGGGGUCACCUGGUGGGGCCCGAAGGUGAGGGCAGAGAUGGAGACCUUGGUGCGUGAGAAAGGCGUGAACUCCUUCCAGAUGUUCAUGGCGUAUAAGGAUCAGUACAUGCUGCGCGACAACGAGCUCUACCAGGUCUUCCGACACUGCAAGGACAUCGGCGCCGUGGCACGAGUCCACGCAGAGAAUGGCGACCUGGUGGCCGAGGGCGCUAAGGAGACUCUGGAGCUCGGAAUCACCGGCCCCGAAGGGAUUGAGAUCAGCCGACCCGAAGAGCUGGAAGCAGAGGCCGUGCACCGAGCGAUAACCAUCGCUAACCGGACUUUUUGUCCGUUGUAUUUGGUGAACGUCUCCAGCAUUUCAGCUGGUGAUGUCGUCGCGGCGGCCAAGAUGCAAGGUAAAAUCGUGUACGGAGAGACCACGACGGCCCACGCCACCCUGAACGGUCUGCACUACUAUCACCAGGAGUGGUCCCACGCGGCAGCCUACGUCACCGCCCCCCCGCUGCGGCUGGACGCCAACACGCCCAACUACCUCAUGAGUCUUCUGGCUAAUGACACGCUCAACGUGGUGUCCUCAGACCACAGAACCUUCACUACCAAACAGAAAGCCAUGGGCAAGGAGGACUUCACCAAGAUCCCCCAUGGAGUGGGAGGCGUGCAGGACCGCAUGAGCGUCAUCUGGGAGAGAGGAGUGAUUGGAGGGAAAAUGGACGAGAAUCGCUUUGUGGCGGUGACGAGUUCCAACGCAGCCAAGAUUCACAAUAUGUACCCCCGUAAAGGGCGCAUUAUCCCGGGCGCUGAUGCCGACGUGGUGGUCUGGGACCCAGAGGCCGCCAAGACUCUGUCGGCCGGCAACCAGGUGCAGGGUGGAGACGUGAAUCUGUACGAGAACAUGAGAUGUCACGGCGUGGCUCUCGUCACCAUCAGCCGCGGCCGCGUGGUCUACGAGAACGGAGCGUUCAUGUGCGCCGAGGGAUCGGGCGAGUUCUACCCCAUGAGGACCUACCCGGACUUCCUGUACAAGAAGAUGAUCCAGAAGGAGAAGACUUUAAGUCUUAAAUGUGUGGAUCGCACUCCGUAUCAGGGGGACGUGGCCGUCGUGGUGCAUGCUGGGAAAAAGGAAUCGGGCAGCCCGCUGGCAGACACUCCGACUCGGCCGACCACUCGUCACGGCGGCAUGCGGGAUCUCCACGAGUCCGGCUUCAGCCUUUCUGGCGCUCAGAUCGAUGACCAUGUCCCAAAGCGAGCCUCGGCCCGGAUCCUCGCGCCUCCCGGUGGAAGAUCCAGCGGGAUCUGGUAAUCCGCAUCAAACCGACCCAUGUUUGCCCUCGACUCCCGUCUCCAGGUCCUUUAACGUCCCGCUCCCGGGGGAGGGGAGUCCAGCACUGCUGCACCCAGCUCACACUCACCACGUACACUCACCCGUCUUGUGUGUCAAGAGAACAGAAGGAUCCACUCACCUCGCCGUCCAGGGCAGCUUCAUGAACGCUGAGCUGAGCUUCGAAAUCCCGCGAGUAACC